CAAAUCCUUCUAAUAAAGGAGCAAUAGCAGUUAGUUUGCAACUUGGUCUUUCUUUCGUUGAGCAUCAAAUGGUCCUCAAACUACCAGAAGAUGGACCCAUGCUUGAAUCUGUUUAUCGACAAAUGCUGAAUCAUUAUGAGGAGUAUAAGGAGUUGGAUAGUUUGUUUGCCAAGACAGAAGACACAGUGAACGAAAAAAUUAAGUCUUGUUUAAACAAAGUUUAUCAAGAUUAUCAAGAAAAUAAAAAAAGGGGUAAAGAAAUUGAUUUCUUUUUUAAAACUCAAGAUUGGGCUGAUUACUCACUCCUCCAAGUCGCUUGUCGAAAAGAGUUGGAAGAACUAUUAGAAAUGAAUCACGUUCACUUAGUUGAAAGAUAUCAUAUCAAAGGAAAAAUUAGUAAAUUAGUAAACGACGAUUACCUUCUUUCUAAAAAGAUUAUGCAAAUUCCUCUUGGAUCAAAACCACGUUUAUAUGGAACUUUGCAAAAAAUUAAGCACACUAAUCUUUAUCUUUUCCAAGCCUUAUUUUUUGAUCCUAAUCAUUUAAUUUACGAAGAACACGAGUUUUCUAAACUAACUAACAUGACGUGUUUAUUUAGCAAGGUUGAUUGUCACAACGAGUAA